AUGAAGGCAGUUUUUGUGACGUCAACUCUGUUGGCUCUGACUCUUGCUGCAGUUGCACCAUCGCAAUAUGCUCCCUAUGAAGACAAAAAGGUUUUCACUGUCAAAACCACUACUUCAAACCAUGAGAAGCUGGCUAUCAUUGUCAAAGACCUGGGUCUUACUGCCUGGGAUCUUCCAGAAAUAGCAGGAUCUACAGCAAGUAUCGCUGUAGCACCCCGUCAGCUUGCUGCCUUUCAAAAGGCUACGAAGGGCAUGGAUAUAAGGCUCUUGUACGCAAGUCUUGCCGGUGCCCUUGCAGCCGAACGGGUUGUGCUGGAGAGAUAUCAGUCAUCGAAUCUCAGAACUUGGUUCAUGAGCUACCACUCCCCUGCUGAACACUUGACGUUUCUCACAGAUCUACAAAGCCAGUUUAGCCAGAAUUCAAAAAUUGUGGAUGUUGGCCCGUCAUAUGAAAGACGUACAAUAAAAGCAAUCCAUAUCUUUGGUGACAACAGCAAGCAUAAAAAGCCUCCUAUCUUGUUUCUGGGGACAAUUCAUGCGCGCGAAUGGAUUAGCACAAUGGUUGUCGAAUAUAUAGCAUGGAUGCUGUUGAAGAGCAAAGAUGAGGCCAAGAUCAAACGCCUUCUUGAUCAAUAUGAUUUUUAUCUUGUUCCAGUUGCCAAUCCUGACGGCUUUGCCUAUACACAGGAAGAUUUUACAUCAUCGAUGGAUUUCCCACCACGAUUUUGGCGUAAGAACCGUCAGCCCACUGGAAAUCCCAAGUGUAUUGGGACUGAUUUAAACCGCAAUUACCCAUGGCAAUGGGGUAAAGGGCGUUCCUCCAAAGACCCAUGUUCCGAUAGCUAUCAAGGCCAGGCACAGGGUUAUGCACCAGAGAUUCAAUCCGUGAGCCAGUUUGUGGAUAGAAUAACUGUAAAUGGCAAAGGGAAGAUGUUUGUUGACACUCAUUCAUUUGGUGGCAUGUUCAUGACACCAUAUGGCCAUAAUUGCACAAAAAAACCUUCGAAUCAUGAGCAGCAAAUGAAGUUUGCAACUAAGUUCGCUGAGGUAGUCAAAGCUACACAUGGUGAAAUCUACGAUGCUGGGCCAAUGUGCUCAGUUCUGUAUGAAGCCGGUGGAGCCAGUUCUGACUGGGCGUAUGAUGCUAAGAAUUUUGAAUAUUCUUUCAUCGCUGAGUUGCGUCCCACUCGAAAGAGAUUAGGCGCUGUGCCUCAGGGUUUCCUCCUGCCACCACAGCAAAUUAUACCUACUGGUGAGGAGACGUGGGCUGGCAUCCUAGCUGGCAUGAGCAUGAUGUAA